AUGAUGCUGAUGAUGAUUCUGAUCAUGCUGAUGAUUGUGUUGAUUAAGACGACAGCAGCCUCAGCACCUGGCUCUGAGAUGGAUAUUAAACCUGGAGUGGAGAUCACUUUGGCCAAACGAACCCUGCACUGCUACCAGCUCAGAUGUGGAGUUACAGAUAUUCCCAACAACAUCUCCACAAACACCCAGUGCCUGGAAGUUAAGAAGACGCAGAUCAGUGUGAUUCCCCAGGGCGCCCUCGCCAACCUGCAGCUCCUCAGGAUACUCACCAUUUCAGACAACGACAUCCUUAAGAAUAUAUCUGCUUUUGCCUUCACCCGCCUCCCUCUGCUGACUCAUAUCAUCAUCAAAGACAACAGUGCGUUGGAGAGCAUUGGAGCUUUUGCCUUCGCUGGCCUCCCUUGGCUCAAUGAUAUCCUCAUCUCACAGAACGGUGCAUUAGAGAAUAUUGGAGCUUUUGCUUUCUCUGAUCUUCCUGAACUCACUGUAAUACAUAUAACAAAUUCAAAACACCUGAGACACAUCCAUCCAGAUGCAUUCAAGAACAUUGUGAAGCUACAGUAUCUGACCAUCCUCAACACCGGGCUGAGAACUUUUCCAGACUUCACUAAGAUCCACUCUACGGCCCACGACUUUCUGCUUGACCUGGACGAGAACAGCCACGUAGAGACAGUCCCCGCCAAUGCCUUCCGAGGCCUCUGCACUCAAACCAUCAAGGAGAUACGGCUCAACCGAAAUGGCAUCAAGGAGGUGGAAAGUGACACCUUCAACGGCACAAAGAUGCGCAGCUUGUUUCUAAGAGGCAACCAGGAGCUUACUCACAUCAAUCCCAAUGCCUUUGUGGGUUCCAGUGGGUUGGUGGUACUGGACAUCUCCCACACAGCCCUCAGCUCCCUGCCGGACUCCAUCCUCGGCAGGCUCGAGAUGCUGAUCGCGGAGUCCGCCCUCCAUCUUAAAGAGCUCCCUUCUCUGCAGCUCUUCACUAAACUCCAACUUGCCAAACUCACCUACCCGUCACACUGCUGCGCCUUCCAAAACAUACACAGGAACAGGUCGAGGGGGCACCCCCUGUGCUUUAAACCACAAGCCCAUGAGGAACGUCACUUCUACAGGGAUCACUGCUCCAACUCCACCUCCAUCACCUGCAGUCCAACCCCAGAUGACUUUAACCCCUGUGAGGACAUCAUGUCCCCCGUCCCCCUGCGGGUGCUCAUCUGGGUCAUCUCUAUCCUCGCGCUGCUGGGGAACACAGCGGUACUCCUUGUCUUGUUAGGCAGCCGCUCCAAGCUGACUGUUCCUCGUUUCCUCAUGUGCCACUUGGCAUUUGCUGACCUCUGCAUGGGCAUCUACCUGGUAGUCAUAGCAACCGUAGACAUGCUCACUCGUGGCUGGUACUACAACCACGCCAUAGCUUGGCAGACGGGCCUGGGCUGCAGUGCUGCAGGCUUUUUCACGGUGUUUGCCAGUGAACUGUCAGUGUUCACAUUAACAGCAAUCACCCUGGAGCGCUGGCACACCAUCAAACAUGCACUUCGGCUGGACCGUAAACUCCGUCUGAGACACGCCUGUAUCGUCAUGACCGCCGGCUGGAUCUUCUCCACCUUGGCCGCUUUGCUUCCCACAGUCGGUGUGAGCAGCUACAGCAAGGUGAGUAUCUGCCUGCCCAUGGACGUGGAGUCUGGGGUGUCUCAGGUCUAUGUUGUGUCUCUACUCCUCCUCAAUAUCCUGGCCUUCUUCUGUGUGUGCGGCUGUUAUCUCAGCAUCUACCUGACCGUCCGUAACCCCUCGUCAGCACCGGCCCACACCGACACCCUCGUGGCCCAGCGCAUGGCCGUGCUCAUCUUCACUGACUUCGUCUGCAUGGCUCCAAUCUCCUUUUUUGCCAUCUCAGCCGCCCUCAAGCUCCCUCUCAUCACCGUCUCUGAUGCAAAACUCCUGCUGGUUCUCUUCUACCCAAUCAACUCAUGCUCAAACCCCUUCCUGUACGCCUUCUUCACCCGCACCUUCAGGCGGGAUUUCUUUCUCCUGGCAGCACGCUUUGGUCUGUUUAAAACCCGGGCACAUAUUUACCGGACAGAGAGUUCCUCCUGUCAGCAGCCGGCGUGGACCUCUUCAAAGAACAGCCAUGUGAUGCUGUACUCUUUGGCAAAUACAUCAAGUCUAGAUGGGAAACAAGAGUGCUGA